AUGUCUUCCUCUAGCGCCGCUCAAUCCAAUCUCGGCGGCCAAGUCACGGAGAAGCUCUCCCGGACGAACUACGUCCUAUGGCGCACGCAAGUUACACCGCAGCUGAGGAGAGCCGGGCUCUUCGGCUAUGUCGAUGGAACCAUGCCAGAACCCGCCCGCCUCCUCGUCACCAAGGACAAGGAAGGCAAGGAGACGACCGAGCCCAAUCCUCUCCAUCCCAUCUGGGUGAGGGAGGAUCAACAAGUGCUCGGCUACCUCCUCAGCAACCUCUCCAAAGAAGUGCUGAUCACGGUGACCGCGAUCACCACCGCGCACGCUCUCUGGGCGGCGCUCGCAGGCAUGUUUUCCUCUCAAUCUCUGAGUCGUGUUAACAACAUUCGCACUGCUUUGAUCAAUGCACAGAAGGGCAACCAAUUUGUUGCCGCGUACUAUGCAUCUAUGCGCGGCCUGGCCGAUGAACUCGCCGCGGCUGGCAAGCCAAUCCAGGAUGAUGAACUGAUCUCCUACCUGCUGCACGGGCUGGACAUGGACUACCAGCCCCUUGUCUCUGCCCUCGACGCCUGCGUCAUGCCGUUCCAUAACACCGGUGGCGGCUUCAAGUCUUCGGCAAACGCGGCCACCCGUAGGCGCGGCGGGUACUCAUCCCGUCACCGUGGUCCUCCUCGACACAAGGGCAAGCAAGGUGGUGGCGGCUCCAGCAACUCCGGCUCGCGCGGCGGGCGCCCUAACUUCAACAACAACAACAAGGGUCGCCGUGGCGGGGGCGGCAGCGGCAGUGGCGGCUCGGGACGGUCACGACCCGAUGCUGUAUGCUGUCAAAUUUGCGGCAAUCUUGGCUACUCGGCCAAGGAUUGCUGGUAUCGCUUUGACGAAGAUGAAGCUUCCUCGGAUGAAGAAGACAAGGUUGCUGCCGCUGCCGCCGGGUCCUAUGGAGUGGAUACCAACUGGUAUCUGGACAGCGGUGCCACAAACCAUCUCACGGGCGAGCUCGAGAAGGUGACCCUCCAUGAGAAAUACCAUGGGAAGGACCAGAUCCACACGGAUCGGGGGAGCAAAUCUCCCUUGGGAUCAGUUCCCGCAGACCUGGCGGCAGAAUCUGCCUCGGGAUCGCCGCCUGGAGAUUCGUCAGGCCAAUCCUCCCCGGACUCCGCGCCUUCUGCUGCUCCCGCUGCGGCCGACCGCGCGCCAGCGGGUGGAACCGCCUAUGCCAUGCGACCCACAGCAGCUGGAGGAGACGCCAACCCCGCGUCGCGUUCACCUGGGCCCACGGGCAAGCCCUCGGGCGGGCGUUUCCCCGUCCAACCCGUCUGCUACAAGCGGCGGGACCUGCACCGUCCGACCAACGCGGGCCCCACGUCUGGCGCCAGAGGGGAAACGGUGCAAUCAUUGGCACAUGAUGAGCCGGGCCCGGCGGGAUCUUCUGUGCCGCAGGCGGCUUCUUCACGUGCUCCUGGUGUGCCGCGGUGCACAGAGGAUCCGGCGCCUGCUCCCAACGCGGCUGCUGCGCCUGAUCCUGAAUCCGCCUCGGGAUCAGACCCUGCAGUUCAGCCGGGAUCUUCUGCACCACUGCCAAUCUCGUCGCGUCGCACUCCUCUUCAACAAGGGGUAUGCCAGUUUCUUCAUGCACCUACCACAGUUCACUGGACUGCUGUAAAGCGUAUAGUCAGAUAUGUCAAGAACACUCUGAGUAUUGGUCUGAAUUUCAGCAAGUCAUCAUCCACACUUUUGAGUGCCUUUUCAGAUUCCGACUGGGCAGGUUGCUUGGAUGACAGAUGGUCCACUGGUGGCUUUGAAGUAUUUUUUGGUCCUAAUCUGAUUUCAUGGAGUGCUAGGAAACAGGCUACUGUCUCUCGCUCUAGUACAGAGGCAGAAUACAAAGCAUUGGCAAAUGCUACAACUGAGAUUAUAUGGGUGCAAUCACUGCUGAAAGAACUUGGUGUAAAAAGUACUAAAAUGCCAUGUUUAUGGUACAAGCUUGAUGAGAGUUACUAUAGUGCAACAAGGACGGUGGAGAUAGACCCACGGAUAACCAUGCUCCAUGAGGAGGUCAAGGGCCUGGUGGCAAUGGACAACCGAGUGAAGCAAGUUACUACUUUAUUGUUGGAUGGGAGUAUGGAGCUGAAAGUGGUGCCGAUUGUUGGCUCCGGUGGGUUGGGGAAGACCACCUUGGCAAUGGAGGUGUAUCGCAAGAUUGGAGUACGAGAAGACUUCCAGUGCCGUGCUUCUGUAUCUGUUUCACGCACUCUUUAUCUACAGAAGCUCUUGAAGGAUAUCUUGUCGCAAAUCGCUGACAAGGAAUGUCAGUUAGAGGGUUGGAACAUAGACCGACUAAUUCGAAAAACUGCACACAUCUUGACGGGAAAGAGGUACUUUGUUGUCAUUGAUGAUGUAUGGAAAGAAGAACACUGGAAAUUGGUCAAGUCAGCAUUUCCUGAGAAUAAUAAUGGUAGCAGAAUAAUUGCUACUACACACAUUACCCGUGUAGCUAAUGGGUGUUGUUCCGACUCCGGUGGUGAACCCUAUCAAAUGGCACCUCUAGAUGAUGUUGAUUCCCGAAAAUUGUUUUUUAAGAGAAUAUUCUGCGUAGAUGAUCCUUGUCCUGUUGAACUGGAAGAAGUUUCAACUAAGAUCUUAAAAAAAUGUGCUGGUCUUCCACUAGCUAUAAUUACAGUUGCAAGUUUGCUUGCCAAUAAGAUACAUAAGGAUGAAUGGGAGAGACUGGAAGAUUUCAUUGGCACUGGUUCGUCGCUUGAUAAUGAUGGGAACUUAAAAGGGAUGAAAGAUAUACUAUUACUUAGUUACUGGGAUCUUCCACACUAUUUGAAGACUUGUUUAUUGUACUUGUGUAUAUAUCCAGAGGACUACACAAUCACGUGUGAAGAACUGAAAUGGAAAUGGAUGGCCGAAGGAUUCCUUGAUAGACGAUGGGGACGUUUGGAUGAUGUAGCAGAGAAAUGUAUCAAUGAACUUGUUAAUAGAAAUAUGAUCCAGCCAAUUGAUAUUGAUGAUGAUGGUACUGUGAAAUAUUGUCGAGUCCAUGAUAUGGUGCUUGACCUUAUCAUAUCUUUAUCAGAUGAAGAGAAUUUUGCCACUGUUUUAAAUGGGCAUGUAUGCAAUUCAUGUCCAAACAAGAUUCGACGUCUGUCCGUGCAAGUUAGUGGCAAAGAGCAUAAUGGCGCAGUCUGUGCGAUUACAGAAACCAAGAUAUAUGUUCGCUCACUGACUAUAUACCUGGAAUACUUUGAGCAUAUACCCCACCUUGUGGACUUCCAUGCUUUGCGCGUGUUGGAUCUUGAUGGAAAUAAAUGGUUGGAAAACAAGCAUGUGAAACACUUAGGUAGUUCAUGCCAGCUGAGGUAUUUGCGAAUUAGGGGUUUUGAAAUUACCGAGCUUCCUAGUGAAAUCGGAAAGCUGCAGCACUUGGAGACUCUCGAUUUGAUAUACUGUUAUUCACUUCUAGGACUGCCAUCAACCGUGGCGCAGUUGCGGAAAUUGGUGCGUCUAUUUGUCAGCGAUUACACACAAUUACCUGCAAGAGGGUUCCGGAGUCUGCAAGCCUUGGAGGAGUUAUGCUUCGAGAAAACUGACAACCCAGUGAGAUUUGUGGAGGAAGUAAACGAGUCGGGAAAAUGCAACCUUCGGUAUCUUUGUACUAGUGGAAAGAUAGCCGAGCGUAUGUUCUGUAACCCAUGCUGCACAUUCCCGUGCCUCCAAGUUCUUGAAAUUCAGUCAGGUAUUGGAAUGGUUCCCAGGGGAAUGACCACCCUCGAGAAUCUCAUAAGACUACGCAGAAAGGUCACGGGAAUUGAUAAGGAGGAUCUCCAAGUUCUCAUGGGCAUGCCUUCUCUUGCCCAUCUGGAUCUUGAGAUAAUAAGAGGGGCCAUUAAUGAAAAGCUGAUCAUCGGUAGUGAUGGAUUCAAACUGCUAAAGGUCUUCCGCUUCCGCUACUAUUCACUCUUCCGUCUUGAAUUUGAAGUGCAACCAACGGGUGGACUGCAGCUAACAUUUGCACCAGGUGCUAUGCCAGCACUCCGUUGUCUCCGUCUUGAAUUGAGCCCAAUGAUUGUGGCGUCCGACUCUUUUGCAGACUUGGGUGUCGAGCAUCUUCCAGGCCUUGCACAGCUCGAGGUCCAUAUCGAUUGUUACAGAGCAGCUCCUGGCUGGGUGAAGGCUCUGGAGUGUUCCAUUGAAAAGGCAACCAGCUUGCUCCCCAAGUGCAGAAUCCGUGUCAGCAGAGCCCUUGAAGGUGCCAUGUUUAAGGAUGACAAGGAGUGGGAAGAGGUCGUCGCAAAAGAAUCUCUGGCGAAGAAAGGAGACCAGACGAAUGAGAGAGUGGCCACCAAUAACUAG